ACGCAACAAUGCCAGCCGACGACAGUAACCUCGUCCGCCACCGCCGCCGCCUGGACCUCGACCCUGGCGACGACGACGACAACGAUGGCGUCGUAGAAACACCCCUCGAUGACGCAGAGGAUCUCGUGUGGACAUGGCUGCCUCUCGCUCUCGUCGCGUUUGCCGUCGUGGCAUUGGGGUCCAUGUACUUCAUCAGCUCGCACGACCACAUGACGUCCUACUUCCACACAAUCCACCAUGGCCCUCGCUUUCUCAUGACCGACGGGCAGCGCGAAGUACGUUUAUCGCGACAGGAGCUUGCGUCGUACAACGGCGUCGACAAGUCCAAGCUGUACCUGGCUAUCUUGGGCCAAGUGUUCGACGUGACGGCCGGCGCGCGACAUUACGGCGUCAACGGCGCGUAUCGCCACUUUAUCGGCGUCGAUCGCAGCCGCGCGUUUUCCUCCGGCAUCAAGACGGACGGCGAAGAUAUCACCACGUUGACCGACUCGGAGCUGCUGAGCGUGCACAAGUGGCUGUCCUUCUUUGCACACCACAAGGAAUACUCCCGUGUGGGGACCGUCGAAGGCCUGUACUACGAUCAGUAACGUUACGCCGUUGUCAAGUCGAGGUUUUCCACCACGUAACGUUAUAUACACAAUCAACACUAGGAUUGGCCACGCGCAGCCCAUCGUUGGAACCAUCCGCAGUCGCAUCCGACAAGCCCAGGCCCAAGUGGAUGCCGAGGCUGCUAUUGAGCGCUGCAACAUGCAGUGGACAGCCGACACCGGCGCCACGACCAUCUGGUGCCAAGACGCGUCCAAGUACCCCCGGGCAUAUGGCAGCAGCGACAACUCCAUGUGUGGAUGCUUCACGACAACGGAAUUGGCGACCCAGAACUUGCCCCUGUACAAGGCGUGUACGGACAAACGAUGUGUGGUCCCAUCGUAAGAAAUAACACACCCAAGUGGACACGAGUGAUGGGUGGCGGUGAGAUAUUGUUGGUUGCAGAAGUAGCAAAUUGUCUGUUACUAAGGUGUUUCAUGCAAUUUCCGCCCAGUUUGUCGUACAA